GCCGCUGCGUCCCGAAAUCCAACAUGCUGGCUAGCAUUAUUCUGGAUCAAUCAUUUCCGCAUUACACGAAUCUAGACUACAUAUCCGGAAAAGUAUAUGUACGGACACAGACUGCGACGACAGUUUCUAGCAUCGUAGUAAAGCUUGAGGGAGAAUCGAGGACAAGACUGCUGCCCCCUCCCAACCCUUCGAAUGACAGACAAAAACCUCAACUGGAGUUUCAUAAGUAUUCCCUCCCCCUGAACUUGCAGGGCAAGGUGGCUCAAACUCAUUGUCUGGNAAGACAGCGUAUACGCUGCCAGCAGGACAGCAUGAGUACCCUUUCCAAUUCAAGCUUGUUCGGUGGACUCAAUGUGGAGAUGUACAAAUCACCCCACAGCCAUGUGAAGAAGACAUUACCACCAACACUUGUAGGGUUUCCCGGAGAAGCUGAAAUCCGUUAUUAUGUCAAGGCAACUGUGAACCGGCCCAGUCUUUUCAAGGAGAAUGCCCGAGCAUAUGUACCAUUCAACUUCUGUCCUAUCGAGCCGCCACGUCCGGCACCGUCAGAUGCGUUGGGCUAUGCACGACGUCGGCAUCAAUUCAACAUGAACAUGCCUUCCUCACCCACAGCACUUCCUAGCAAGUCCAAGAUGGCUUCCUUCUUCGGCGGUUCGAAGAAGACCAGUGAUUCUACGUCGGGAAGCACGACACCAACAGCUCCGUUCAUAGCCGUCGACCUACGCCUACCAGAGCCUGCAAUCCUGACCUGUGCCAAACCGGUACCUGUGCGUGUCGUAGUCACGAGCUUGAACGGCAAAACUACUGCUUUGACACUAAUAUCCCUGCAAAUCGAAGUCGUGGCCAUCACCAAGAUUCGAGCGCAAGAUGUCGGCCGAGUCGAGCGCAGCAGCACCGUAUUGUUCUCUCGCAGUGGUAUGGCGAUCCCACUUCAGUUCGGUGACGGCGCAGCCAGAGAUGCAAUCGCACCCAAUGGUGGAGAGAUCGAAACAGAGGCUGAGAUUGACUCUCGAUACUGGAGCGAUAUACCAUUGCCGAAUGUCGUCCCGCCCAGUUUCGAGACUUGCAAUAUCACUCGCACAUACGAGAUUUUUGCACGCGUUGGUAUUCGCUAUGAUAGCACUGCAUCGAUGCCUCAAACAACCACUAUAGACCUUCGUUUGCCCGUGCAGAUUUUCUCGGGCAUCACACCGCCACCUGAGCUUNNCUUGGAAGCCAUGGCAAGGGCUCAAGCUCAAGGUACAAGUGGUAAUCAACCUUCUGCGCCACCAAUGCCACCUCGACCCAACUACCCAGCAGACACCAAGACUGCAUCUGGGGCACCGCCGCUUCCUGCCCGUAAACCAGUUGCCUCCACAGCAACAGCACAGACAACGCAGCCACCAGUCCAGGUUGUGCAACAUGUGGAACAUUCGGGCGAAGAGCCACCUUACGGCGACGCACCACCUAGCUACGAAGACGCGGUUGCUAUGGAUGUGCAACCCGUGAGUGGCAUCCAAAGGGCCGAAUAUGCGCCGCCUAUCGUGGCGGAGGAUCCGUUGUUGAGCUCUGGUAGAGGCGAGAAGAGUGGUUGGCAU